AUCGAUCUGUUGAACAAUUUCAUUUCAUUGGCACAUCGGAAUUUUUCACUUACGAUGUUUCCAAUGCGUUGAAUGAGGAUGAUUUUAAAUCAACCUGUAGUACUAGCAGAUAAUACAGCAAUGGAUCGUUCAAGGUUCGGUCUUGAUCUAACACUACAAGAUGUGGAACCAUCACGAGUACCAAUGACUGAUGAAGAGGUGGAAGAGAAAUAUGAAUCAAUUCGAGAAAGAUCUGGUAUGCUUACUAUAAUGGGUACUGAAUACAGGGCACAACUUUCUGAUAUUGUUGAUAUCAAAGAACUUGGUCGUGGCUCAUUUGGAGUAGUCCGAAAAGCACAUUUCAAACAGACCAAAACACUUAUGGCAGUUAAAAUAAUUCCGAUAACGGGUAAUGCCGAGAGUAAUAAACGGACGGUGAUGGAUAUGGAUGUUAUUAUGCGAUCCCAUAAUUGUCCAAACAUCGUGCGCUGUUAUGGUUGUUUUGUUUUUGAGUCAGAAGUUCGAAUAUGCAUGGAGCUGAUGUCGAUGUGUUUGGAUAAGUUGCUUAAGAUAGCGCUUCAUUUUCCCGAAAUCAUUGUCGCCAAUAUAACCAAAUCAGUACUUUUAGCAUUGGAAUAUCUGAAAGAAAAAGAAAACAUCAUGCACCGAGAUAUUAAACCAUCGAAUAUCCUAAUCGAUCACAGUGGUACAAUCAAAUUAUGUGAUUUUGGUAUUGCCGGCAGAUUGAUUGAUUCCAGACGAGCAGAAACGAAUACCAAAGGCUGUACUGCUUACUUAGCGCCGGAACGUGUAGCAAGUAGUGAUUGUGAAUAUGGUGUACGCGCUGAUGUUUGGAGUUUAGGAAUAACACUUAUUGAGCUAGCUAAAGGAACUCAUCCAUAUGAGGGUUGCACGACAGAUUUCGAGCUUCUGACCAAAAUCAUCAAUGACCCGCCACCACGACUUACUCCAACUCAGCAUUUUUCACAAACGUUUUCAGUAUUCAUUGCUAGAUGCCUCAUGAAACGGCCUAUUGAUCGUCCCAACUAUCACGAGCUUCUGGAAGAUCCAUUCAUCAGAGGGAAUACAACAAACACAGCGGCAGUAGCCAAAUGGUAUAGUGCGCUAUGUGCUUGAUUCCAAUUUUUUCUUUUUUUUUUCCUUUCCUCUCUCUCUUUCUUUAUUAACUACUGGUGGAAUUUUGUUAGGAAAACUUUAGAACUUCAUAUAUGC